UUUUUGCCUCUAUUCCAGCAAGUAGUCAACGCUUUUAUAUCAUUACUUGGCUCAAUAUUUGAUUCUGUGUUAUUGUUAUAUUUUAAACAGUGAAUUCCUUUAGUUAUUGAGAUUUUUAAAGCUAGUGAUUCGGUGGUUUAACAAAAUUUUUAACACAUAAAAAAAUGUGGAACUCUAGUAAACACAGUAAUCCUAGCGACCACGGCGUGAUGCAUUUUUACCAGAUGCUUUCUAAAAAAGCUAGUUCAUGGUCUAAUUAUUGAUGUGGCAUAAUUGGUGUUGUUGAUACACUCAGUAAUAUCAAUGGGCAAUUGUUUAUCGUGUUGCAAGGUGCCUACUGCAUCAGGUGGGAUGAAUCAGUCAACUAUCUUGGAACAAAAAAACGGGAGCUGUCAAGGACAUUUGGUUCAAGCAGAAGAAAAUCGCGAACUUCCUGAUGAUGUGGGUACAAGCAAUAAUUCUCGUAAUGAUGGGCAUCGCAGAUCCGCUCGAUCUUGUCACUGUGACGCUAACAGAAUGAUAUACCAUCAUAUUGCACCAUCGAUAGUAUCACCGUGUACUAGCUGCAAUGAUAAUCGUACAGUACCCCUGGUAAUGGUACCAACACCUUUAAUGCAAACCACCGCUCCUAAUGCUGGGUCAGGUCGUUCCAGGCCUCCUCGACGAAGACGACAGAGAUCAAAUGACAAUAAUACAUCUAUCAUGAAUCUUGAUAAUGAAAAUAAUGAAGAAAGGAACAAAAUACAAGCGUUAUUUGAAAAGUAUAAGGCACCAAACGGAAACGCAAUAUCUGUCGAAGGUAUUGAUUUAUUGUGCAAAGAUUUAAAUCUUGCACCUACAGAUUUUCAAAUCUUAGUAUUAGCAUGGAAGUUAAAUGCACGUCAGAUGUGUAAAUUUACACAAAAAGAGUUUGAAGAUGGACUCAAGUCUAUGAAAGUUGAAAGUAUAAAGGAAAUACGUGAAAUUUUACCAACUAUUUGUAAUGAACUCGAAAAAAAUCGUAAACUGUUUAGGGACUUAUACAAGUUUGUUUAUAAGUUCGGUUUGGAUAAUGAAAUUGGUCAAAGAAAUCUUCCUGCAGAUAUAGCAAUUAAGCUUUGGAUUUUAGUUUUUACAAUACAUAGACCAAAUAUUCUCGAUAGAUGGAUAAACUUUUUAGAGUGCCGCAGAGUGAAAUUUAUUACACGUGAUACUUGGCUAAUGUUUCUAGCUUUUAUUGAUUGUGUAAAAGAAGAUUUUUCAGAUUAUGAUGAAUCUGAAGCAUGGCCUAGCCUAUUUGACGAAUUUGUGGAAUUUGAAAUAAAUAAUGGAAUCGUCGUUGAACGUGAAGACUAUGAUGACGAAAAUUUGUGAUUUGUAAAUAAAUAACCGCAAUGCACAAGGAAGUUACUGUAAUAUAAGAUUUUUAAAUCGUUAGAUAAUUGUGCAAUUAUUUAUUAUUAUUUUUUAUUGAAAACGAAUAAAAUUUUUAUUCCGUUGAAGAUACAUUAAAAAUGUACUGUUUUAUAAUUUAUAAUGUAUCAUUAAUUUAAUGGUGUAAUUUACAUUUAGUAUAAUGUGAUAUAACUUUCAUUGUAUACAUGCACUUGAUGGGGAGACUUUUAUAUUUUGAUUUGUACAAAAUUUCUCUUAGGAAAGAAACUGAUAUCAUGUAUGAAAGAUGCAAAUUGCAUGUACAUUUGGGUGACAGAUUUGACAAGCGGAAAAAAUGUAGGCUUAGUGAUAUAGGGUUCGCUUGUGUGUACAGGAUUUGCGUCAAAAAAAAACAAUACCUAGUACACGAGCUAGCAUAGAUAGUCCCGAUUUCCCUAUGUUUACGUUUUUAUCGCGUGUAAGACUAAUGUCACACAAGUAUAUACCAAAUGUUAAACGAUUCAGUUCCCUGCACAAAACGUAAGCCCAGUUUAGUCGGGGUCAUCUGAGUGCAUAACGUACGUCAAUAAUAACAAUAGUAUACACGUAAGCAUGCGCAUUGCCUGCUUCGCUCUGUUCAUGUUUUCUGCUGAAAAGCGAAUCGUUUUACAUCUAAUGUGAUACAACCGAGUGUCUCUAAUUUGGUAUCGAGCAGAAAACGUAAAUUUAGUGCACUAGCGACUCUGCUCAUGCCAACCCGUGUACUAUUAGGAAAUGAGAAAUUUCUAUGACUGUAUAAAGUGAGAUUAUGGAGAGCUACAGCAGCCAAAUUAACGUCAUAUAUAAAGUCACAACGCUUUAAUCGGAUAGAAGUUCUUUGACAAACAUUUUUUUUCAGGAACAUAUUUGAAUACAGAUGAUCUUUAUCACAUCAGAUACUUAAAAAAUGGUUGAUUUAUUUUUAAAAAUUUAUUAACUACUUGGCUCCCGUAAGAGCCUGUGUUUAUGCCCGAUCCUUCUGACAUCUUGCCAUAAAAAUUUCUACCACACAUUUCCUAAUCGUUAUUAAUGUCGUUUAUGUUCACCAUAAAGACAGUUUUACAACAUUAUACGACUGGUUCGAACUUAUUUCUGCUACAGCAAAGAAAUUUAAACAAAGAGUUGUAGGGGUCACUCAUGUGUAUAAAAUUAUCGGCAAUACUAACAAUAGUAUACAGGGUAGCAUAGGCAGGGCCCUUAAUUCGCUAUGUUUACAAUAUCAUCUUGCUGUUGUGGAUUUUAACUGAAACCGAUGUACUUACAAAUAAAAAUGAAAAAUGUUUAAUUGUAAUAAUAUAUUACUCAUCUAUAAAUGAUUUUAUGAGAAUAAAGAUUCAACCAUAAUUUAAAAAGAAGCAAUAUCAUACUUUAAACAUAUCAAAUAAAAAUUUAUGAAAAGUUUAACUACCUUUCACUAUUACAAAAAUACGCUAGUAUAAAGUACACGUAAUAGAAUCACUGGUCUUUUGAAGAAAGAUUUUAAAAUUUUGUGUAAUUUGAACUUUAACAAUGUGUGAUUAAUUUCAUAUAAAUAUAUUUAUAUUAGCAAAUUAUUGUCUACGUCAAUACUCAAUUCUACUCAAUUCUAGAUAUUCAAAAUAGAAUUCAGACUGAAUAUAUUGCUUCAUUGGACAUUUUAUAUAAUUAUUACAUGUAAAUAGAAAAUGUUUUUGUAAAUAAUGAAUGUAAAAGUUUUUGAAUAUUAUUGUAAAAACGAUUUUCACGAAAAAGAAUGACUCAAAAUUGAUUUAAAUGUGUGAUAUUUGACCACUUUUCUAUUUUGUUUGUAGUAAAAACGAUAUUUUAUUAAAAAGAGUAAAAAAAUUGAAAUCAUUGUACACACUUUUUCGCACUGGAAUAAGUAAAUAAUUGGACUAGUUUUUUUAUAUUAAAAAAUAUCUUUACACUAUGCAAAGUAGUGAAGUUAUUUUAUAAUAUUUUCGCGAAUUGUAUCAUAUGAAUCUUUCAUCGUUUAAAAAGACUG